GCAAGUUUUGUUUACAUCGUGUGUAUACGACCUUGUAGCCUCGGAAAUUUGUCUCUUGUUCUUCCCGAUGUGGAACAUGGUGAGCAGGAUAUUGUGAGUGUCAACUGAAAGAUAUCUAUAGUGUUACUGAGCUGCCUGCUGCUGUGGAGGAGGGGAGUCUACUGGUGUCUUUGCCUCCAAAUAUAAUAGGCCUACUGGCGAGCCCUUCACGGUAACAGGUCGUCGGUAUUUAGUGAUCCAGCAGCUACCAAGAAACACUUAGUUUUACACGAGUUGUUAAAAUUAGAGUAAUACUUGGCGUGAAUGGUCCGACCAUAGAACCAACUUGAGAACAUGGUAAACGUUUACUGCGAGCAAUUUCGCCAGGAAAAACAUUUUGGAUGGAGUGAUUGAGAGCAGAGCGAGUCUGCAGAAGUGAGUGAAGAUGGCAGGAGAGGGGCCCCAUACCCAAGUGUUUGAACUGGCUGGUGCUCCCCCGCUGAACCUCUGCACCUCGGUGCUGACAGACACCCAGGGAAUGAUGCAGAUGGGCCUGGAUAGUAAAGGCAGUAAUGACGCUUUGGUCCAGCAAGGAGGGAUGGAGCAGGUGACGGCAGAAGAGAUGAGCCAUGUGACGAUCACCGACGGACUGAUAGAGCACGGCGUAGAUGGAACGAUGGUGCAGAUUGUGGAUGGCACCGUGGAGCAGAUUGUGGAUAAUGAGAUGGGUCAGAUAGUUGGUGGGAGUAUUAAUCAUAUAGUGGAGCAGGAGAUGAGUCCUGUGGGUGGGGGGAUGCUGGCUCAAGUGGCCAAUGGACUUACAAAAGUCAUCAAGAAGGAAGAGGUGCUGGAAAAUGAAGUUGAGGAAGAGGGUCUUGAUGGUGACCCUGACACUGUCCUCAUGGAUGAUGAUGAAGAUGAAGAUGAAAUCCCUAUAAAGCAGGAGAAGGGAAGAGGAAAGACUAAAGGAAGAAAGAGAAGAAAGCGUCGCCUCACCUUCACGCCCAGGAAGUUGAACAAGAUUUACCAGUGUGAGCAGUGUCCUGCCAGAUUUGCCAGAGAUACUCAACUCAAGUACCACUCCAAGGUCCAUAUUGAUGACCAAACAGAGAAGUUUGAGUGUGACCAGUGUCAUGUCGUCUUCUCACGGAUGAAUAAACUCAUGAAGCACCGGCAGCGUGCCCACCAGGAAGCUCUUUCGUGUAAUCAGUGUAAUUCUCAGUUCACUCACAUCAACAGCUACAGGUUACACAUGCGUCUUCACAGCGGAGAAAAACCUUACGAAUGUAAUGAGUGCAGAGCAAGAUUUGUUCAGAGCAGCCACCUCAAUAUUCAUAAACGUUCACACACUGGUGAAAAACCCUAUCAGUGUGAUGUUUGUAAACAAUCUUUCAAGCAAAUAUCACAUCUUAGAACACAUGAAAGAAUUCAUACACAGAUGAAACCAUAUACUUGUCAAAUGUGUGGAGCUGCCUUCAUUCAAAAAAGUAGUUUAAAUCGACACAGCAGAAUUCAUACUGGUGAGAAACCUUACGUGUGUGUGAUUUGCCAGGCAGCAUUUUGUGUCAAGAACAAUCUUACUCGCCACAUGAUAACUCAUACUGGUGAGCAGCCAUACAAAUGUGAUCUUUGCCCAGCCUCUUUUGGCCAGGCUAUAGAUUUAAAACGACACAAGAUAGCACAUACUGGAGUAAAGCCAUUUCAGUGCGAUGUGUGCGAUGCUUCAUUUAGUCGUAAGAAUAACUUAAAGUGGCAUAAAUAUAUUCACACUGGCGAAACACCUUUCAAAUGUGAUGAAUGCGUGGCAGAAUACACACGUCCACGCGAUCUAAAGAAACACAAACUAAGCCAUGGCCCUGCUAAACCACACAUCUGUGAGGUAUGUCACCAACAGUUUCCUCAGUCUAGUGGUCUUAAACGUCACAUGAUGACUCAUACGGGUGAGAAGCCUUUUGUUUGUGAAAAAUGCUGUGCUACCUUUGUCGAUAAAAGUGCUCUGAAAAGACAUAUGUAUAAGCAUGUUGGUGUAAAGCCAUUUGCUUGCAAGAGAUGUGAUACAACAUUCCGAGAAUAUCGUAGCCUUAAGAGACAUUCUGUGCAGGUUCAUGGUGAAGAACCUGAGGACAGACAAACCCACAUGCAACAGCAACCACAACAACAACAGCAACCACAACAACAGAUACAACAACAACAACAGGUUUCCACAAUACCAGCAGGGACUAUCAUUACCACUCAAGAUACAACUCACCUUAACCAGUAUGCUCAAGCAGCUCCACAGCAAAAUCCCCAGCAAAUGGCACAAGUUCCAACUUUAAUGCUCUCAGGUGGACCAGGGCAGCCUGCUCGAGCUGCCAGGCCUGCCAAUAAUUGUCAGAAUCACACAGCUCAUGUACUUACUUUUGGUGGUAACAACCAGUGGCAGUCAUGGUGCUUCUGUGAGACUCCAGCCAUUCCUGAAACUCCACAGCAGGUGAUGGUAGCCACUAGUGCAGCACCUGUUACCCUUCCUGUGACCACCCAUCAGCAGCAGGUGCAGCAAGCACAACAGCCACAACAGCAACAGCAGCAACAGCAACAAGCAGCUCCAUUUACAAUGUCUGUAAAAGCACCUACAAUGCCUACCCAUAUACAACUGCAGUUUCCAUUUGGAGAUACCCAGGCUGCCACAAGCCACACUCAAUGGGUGUCUAACUGGGGGAAAUAGGAGAAAACAGGUUAAUAUAUUACUGUGUAUGGAAAAGUUAAAUGGCAUUAGAACAUUUAGUAUACAUAGAGGUAAAUUGUUCAUACAACCACAAGUAAUUUAUGCAGGUAAACAUUCAUAAAAAAAAGAACUUUGAUAUUGAAAUAUAUAUCUGAUAAUAUGUUACAUUAAUUUAGUAACAGUUCAGUAAUAACAGUGGAAUGUCGAUUUAAAGCGAUUCAAUUUAAGAUUAUUGAUUUAAAGUGACACCCACAAUUAAGAACAAUGUUUUAAUUUAAUGCGAAUCUUUCC